ACAAGAGGAAAUGGAUCGCGGCGCGAGUUUUUAACAUUUACGCAUGAUCUGUUUAAAACAAGACACGUCAUUCAAAUCCUUUAUCAACUAUAAUUCCUGACAUACUCUUGAUACGUAAUCUCACACCUAAUUGGCUCACAAGUCUCACCUGGAAGCACACAUCGGUCGCGAAUCAUAAUAUUUCAUUUUCGGAGUCUAGCAUGGAGCCGAUCAGUGAGAUUUUGAAGGAUGUAAGCUGGUCCCGUGUAACUUGUGCGCUCUGUAAGGAGAUCUACACGGAUCCGAGGGUAACUCCCUGUCUUCACACGUUUUGUCGUGGCUGUCUUGAAGUCCUGGCAAGUCGUAAUCCAUACUCGAGUCAGAUUCAAUGCCCGAUUUGCGAGGCAGAAGUUAAUAAACCAGACGGUUUGGACCAUUUUGAGGCAUAUCCCCCGAAUAUAUACGUUGGGAGACUUCUAGAGAUUUACUCCGCCAAAUUUGGCGUCACUCGGAAAGACAAAUGCGGGAAAUGUGACAAGAUCAAUGAGUUGAACUCGUAUUGCGUAGAAUGCAGUGUCUUCAUGUGCGAAGAUUGCUUAGUAAGUAUUCACAAUUCACCCACAAUUAAUCACAAGGUUAUCAAAGUUGGCGGAUUUACGGACAAACAAUUGCAAGAUUUAUGGAGAAGACCCGUUGCCUGUUUGCAUGAUUUGGGCGACGGGAGUCCUGUGGAACUUUUGUGCCGUCAUUGCGAUCGCUGUAUCUGCCGAAUCUGUAGCGUGACACCCAAAAAAGGUCACGCAUCGGUCACGGUAUUGCGUGACGAAGCAGAGGAGGCCUCGCAGCUGAUCAAUAAGGCGAUUGAUCGCGUGACGAAGCAAAUAGACGACAUUCGAGUCGGCAAGUUGCAAAUUCUUCAGCGACUUGAGGACCUCGACAAACAAGUCGAGACCGUCAAACGAGAGGUUCAUUUCGGCAUCGAUAAAAUCAUCAAGCUACUCAAGCAACACGAGCAAGAGAUGUUUGCUCAUUUAGACGGCGUCCGGGAUGUGAAAAAAGAGAACUUGAACUACCAAAGUAAAGCCUUCGAGGCGUCCCUGGUCCAGGCCCAGAGUGCGUCCGACUUUGUCCGACCUCUACUUCAGCGGAACAUACCCGCGGAGGUUGUCACCCUGCGCGCUCAUAUCAUAGGUAGGCUGCAACAGCUGUCCGAAAUGACCAUGGACGCACGUCCGAUCGAGACCGCAUGCGUAGGCUAUCUACCAAAUAAGGAUGUAUUACGUCAUUUACACUCAAGCCCUCUCGGCUACAUCUCGUCGAGUAAUACCGAUCUGUUGGCGUCCAGCGCGAAUGGGGACGGUCUGUACGAGGUUGCUGUGGGCGAAGAGGCUGUGUUUACUGUAACGACGAGAGAUAUGAAGGGAAACGUCUGUUACAGCAGUAUUGACAUCUUAGAUGUACAGAUUACAGGCGAAGACGGCACCAAUGUAGAAUGCGUCGUCCAUAACAAGGAAGAUGGUCUCUAUGACGUACUUUACGCGCCAAAAACACCCGGGAAGUACACGGUAGUGGUUCUAGUCGGCGGGAAGGACAUCAAGGGCAGCCCGUUCAGCGUGCCAGUCACACCCCCUGUACUUGUUCCAGUCAAGUCGUUCGGUUCCCAGACAGGGCGGAAGGGGAACUUUACUCACCCACAUGGUGUGGCGGUUAGUGAGACGGGAGAGAUUGCGGUAUCCGACACCCAGAAGAACUGUGUUCAUGUCUUUGACGCCGAAGGGCGGAAGGUGAUGGAUAUUGGUGGGUAUGGGACGGAUGAUGGGCAGUUGAACUACCCUGCAGGGGUCGCAUUUGACAAAGGCAACAAAAAUCUUAUCGUGGCCGACCGAGACAACCACCGUGUUCAACUCUUCAACCGUAAGAAUGGCAAAUUAGUUAAGAAAUUCGGUGUCAAUGGAAAAACUAAUGGUCAAUUUAAUCGGCCUAAUGGGAUAUUCGUGGAUCAAAAUGGUAGGAUGAUCAUAACAGAUUGGCAUAAUCACAGGGUGCAGGUCUUUAAUUCCGAAGGGCGGUUCCAGUUUGCGUUUGGGUCAUCACCGCAAGACCAACUAAAGCACCCUCGGGACGCCAUCUACCACGAACCAGCCGAGAAGUUCUUCGUCUCAGAUACAGGCCACAAUGUGCUGAAAGUUUACGACAAGAAAGGGAAGUUUCUCCGCACCAUCGGUAAACCAGGAAAUAAGAAAGGGGAGUUGUUUAGCCCAAGAGGGCUUGCUAUCGACAAGAAAGGGAGAUUAAUCGUGUGCGACUUUGACAACCACAGGCUGCAGUUCUUCAGUGUUAAGGACGGAACGGUGUUGAAUUCCUUUGGGAGCAAAGGGAUGCAUUUGGGGCAAUUUAUGAACCCCAUGGGUGUGGCCCUACUCGGGGAAGACCAACUGAUUGUCACUGACUGGCGCAAUGACAGGAUACAAGUGUUUUCGUUUGAAUCGCAGCAUGUAAACGGAACGCAGACGACCGUAUGAGUAACAGAGAAGUGUUACACAGAAAAAAAGACUUGGGGAGAGUCAUGGGGAGGAUGACAACAGGGGUUUCAGUUGAGUGCAAAAAUAUGUUGAGAAUAUUUCUAGUGUCGACAGUUUUAAAAGGCGCUGUGCAACAGUGUCAUUAUUCCAUUCGAGAUAAAAAUAUCAACAAAAAUGUCAAUCUUUCAAUUCCAAAAAUUUUCGUGUCAAAAUAAAUAAACGAUUCAUUAGAUAAAUAUCAUAUGCUGCUUACUGUGAACACAGAACACAGAAAAAGAAUGGCUUACUGUAUGUAUUUGUAUACAUGCUGACCAUGUUUAGGCGCCAUUGUGUUCGCAGUAUUAGACACGUUGAUGUGAAAAUGGUUUAGCUUUAGUGUUUUAAGGAAAUGCAUUACAUUUUUAUGAACAGCACUAUUUAUAUCUUUAUAUAUUUUACAAAAUAUUAAAAUUUUGAUGUUUAGCUAUAAUUUACAUGCUAUAAUACAAUAAAAUACACACUCUGGUUAGUUUCAACCUAUUUUAAACUGUUUACCUAGAUACCCAGUGGUUGCCAGGCGACCUGUCAAUUAUGGCUGGUUACUACGGACUGUUUUCCAUGGUAACCAGCUUAUCGUGUUGUUAUCUCUUGUUCGCCUGGACAAGAUGCGGGAACCUGGACACUAUGUGCUCCUAUGGACAAACAUGUUGACAAAGUCAUGUUAGAAUAAAAUCAGUGAAAGAAAUAAGAAAAAAAAACAGAAAUAGCAUUAGCACAAGUGAAAUAAAUAUAGAUUGGAACAUA